GGGCAGCCCGCGGAGCCGCAUUCGCUUCUCGUCGUUCGACAGACACCGAGGCAUCCGAGUCGACUUGAUUUUCCUACCUCCGGAACGCGAAGAGGCAAAACCUGCAACAUGAGGGAGAUCGUACACAUCCAGGCCGGCCAGUGCGGAAACCAGAUUGGCGCAAAGUUCUGGGAAAUAAUCAGCGACGAGCAUGGCAUCGACCCGACGGGCGCCUACCACGGGGACUCGGACCUCCAGCUGGAGAGAAUCAACGUCUACUAUAACGAGGCCUCGGGCGGCAAGUACGUGCCCAGGGCGAUCCUGGUCGACUUGGAGCCGGGCACCAUGGACUCGGUGCGGUCGGGACCCUUCGGGCAGAUCUUCCGACCCGACAACUUCGUCUUCGGGCAGAGCGGCGCCGGCAACAACUGGGCCAAGGGACACUACACCGAGGGAGCCGAGCUCGUCGACUCGGUCCUGGACGUCGUCCGCAAGGAGGCGGAGAGCUGCGACUGCCUCCAGGGCUUCCAGCUGACCCACUCGCUGGGUGGCGGCACCGGCUCCGGGAUGGGCACGCUGCUCAUCUCCAAGAUCCGCGAGGAGUACCCCGACCGGAUCAUGAACACGUACUCCGUCGUGCCCUCGCCCAAGGUCUCCGACACGGUGGUCGAGCCGUACAACGCCACCCUGUCGGUGCACCAGCUGGUAGAGAACACCGACGAGACCUACUGCAUCGACAACGAGGCCCUCUACGACAUCUGCUUCCGCACCCUGAAGCUGUCCACCCCGACCUACGGCGACCUGAACCACCUGGUCUCGCUGACCAUGUCCGGAGUCACGACCUGCCUCAGGUUCCCCGGCCAGCUGAACGCCGACCUGAGGAAGCUCGCGGUGAACAUGGUCCCCUUCCCCCGACUGCACUUCUUCAUGCCCGGGUUCGCGCCCCUCACCUCCCGCGGAAGCCAGCAGUACCGAGCCCUCUCCGUCCCCGAGCUCACCCAGCAGAUGUUCGACGCCAAGAACAUGAUGGCCGCCUGCGACCCCAGGCACGGCCGCUACCUCACGGUGGCGGCCAUCUUCCGCGGCAGGAUGUCCAUGAAGGAGGUCGACGAGCAGAUGCUCAACAUCCAGAACAAGAACUGCUCCUACUUCGUCGAGUGGAUCCCGAACAACGUCAAGACGGCCGUCUGCGACAUUCCGCCGAGGGGACUGAAGAUGUCCGCCACCUUCAUCGGCAACUCCACGGCCAUCCAGGAGCUGUUCAAGCGCAUUUCGGAGCAGUUCACCGCCAUGUUCCGAAGGAAAGCUUUCCUCCACUGGUACACCGGCGAGGGAAUGGACGAGAUGGAGUUCACCGAGGCCGAGUCCAACAUGAACGACCUGGUGUCCGAGUACCAACAGUACCAGGAAGCCACCGCCGACGAGGACGCCGAGUUCGAGGAGGAUCAGGAGGCCGAGGUCGACGAGAACUGAAGACCCUCCGAAACCGCUAUUUUGCCUUCUCGAUUUCAUCCUUUCUUUCUUUAUAGUCGAUUUUUCCCGAUCAUUUAUCCCACGAUCCCACGAUUCCGCGUCCGCGCCAUUUACGUAAUAAACGCCGAUGCGGAGAA